AUGGCCCCUGAACCGACCAACACCCACUCAGGGAACUUUGGUGUAUCACCAACCUUGUCCGGUGAGGAGCCAUGUCCUUCUCUGGUCUCGAGUAAGCAGAAUCCUAACAAUGACCCAAACGUCGGGUCCUCUCGAGGCAAUGCGUCUUCUGCCUCGAGUGAAAUUGCGAAUGGGCUCACUGGAGAGGGAGGAUCAUCGGGGUCGGCCUUGAUGAUGACUUUGCUACCCGCGUUAAUCUAUGCAGCCUUUUGGUUUGGCUUGUUCCUCAUCUUUCGUCGAACGCAGCGACGAUGGUAUGCUCCCCGGUCACAUUUGCCGGAUAUCCAUGAGCACCAAAGAAGUCCUGAAUUGCCAUCGGGCUGGGUAAAUUGGUUCGGUGCUUUCCUGAAGAUAGAGGAUAAUCAUGUCCUGCACCGAUCCUCGCUGGAUGGGUACCUGUUUCUACGAUUCCUUCGCGUCCUGUGCGGGAUCUGCGCAUUUGGUUGCCUCAUCACCUGGCCCAUCUUGCUGCCCAUUCAUGCGACGGGGGGCAAUGGUAACACACAGUUGGAUCUGUUGAGUUUCAGCAACGUCGCAAACCCUACUCGAUACUUUGCCAAUGCCCUUGUCGCAGUGAUCUUUUUCACGUUUGUAUUUUAUGUGAUCACACGUGAAAGCCUCUACUAUGCGAAUCUGCGCCAAGCGUACUUGAAUUCGCCGGCUUACGCCUCGCGCAUUUCUUCUCGAACUGUGCUGUUCAUGUCGGUCCCUGAUGCAUACAAGGACGAGCGACGAUUACGGCAGGUCUUUGGUGAUACCAUUACUUCCAUCUGGGUGACGUCCGACUGUGCUCGUCUCGAAAAGGUAGUCAAGGAGCGAGACAAACUCGCGUUCAAAUUGGAGGCCGCCGAGACCAAGUUCAUUCGACAGGCCAACAAAGCGCGUCAGCGGGCGUUCAGAUCCGGGGAGAACUUGCCAGUCGCAGAGUCAGACUGCGAGCCGGGUGAACCAAUCUGGCCACCGACCUUGAAGCGUCCAACACACCGUCGAAGGCUAUUCUUUGGCGAGAAGGUUGACUCUAUCCACUGGUAUCGCGAGCGUCUUGUCGAGGUCAUAAAAGAGGUCGAAGUUUUGCAAGUAAAGCAUCAACGGGGCGAGGCCAAAAAGCUCUCUGCCAUGUUUGUCGAAUUCGGAUCGCAGUCCGAGGCCCAAAUUGCUUUACAGACCCUUUCACAUCACCAACCAUUUCAUAUGACGCCACGAUUCAUCGGAGUCGCACCAGAUGACGUGGUUUGGUCGGCGUUGAACCUCAGCUGGCGACAACGAAUCAUACGUAAAUUUGCAGUUCAAGGGAUCCUCGCGGCAAUGGUCAUCUUUUGGUCUUUUCCCGCUGCGAUCGUCGGCACCAUUUCGAAUAUCACUUAUUUGUCCAAAAUACUCCCGUUUCUCAAGUUUAUUCUUAAACUUCCCGACGUCCUGAAAGGGGCGAUCGAGGGUCUCCUGCCUUCAGCCGCACUGGUGGCCUUGAUGUCUUUAGUACCUAUAAUUUGUCGAAUCUGUGCCCGGCGUGCUGGUGUUCCCUCACGAGCACGAGUGGAACUAUUCACUCAAAGUGCGCACUUUGUCUUCCAAGUUGUGCAAGUCUUUCUGGUCACAACCUUGACGUCGGCCGCAUCUGCCGCUACAGCUCAAAUUAUCAAGAAUCCACUGUCGGCCAAAGAUCUCCUUGCUGAGAAUCUGCCCAAAGCCACCAAUUUCUACAUUUCUUACUUCUUGUUGCAAGGCUUGAGCAUGAGCUCGAUGGCAUUGGUACAAGUUGUGAGCGCACUCCUGUUUAAAUUUGUCACCACGUUCUCGGCGUAUUCUCCACGUCGGUUAUUUCAACGCUGGGCGGAGCUGGGGACGUUAAGCUGGGGUAAUGUGUUUCCGGUGUUUACGAACAUGGGGGUGAUUGCAUUAACGUACUCGUGCAUAUCACCCUUGAUUCUCGGCUUUGCAUUCGUCGGUCUCUACCUCGUCUAUCAGGCGUACCGAUAUAACUUCCUCUUUGUCUAUGACAUCAAAAUCGACACCAAGGGUCUCGUGUACCCUCGUGCGCUCCAACACCUAUUGACUGGUAUAUAUCUCGCAGAAGUCUGCAUGAUCGGACUCUUCGCCAUCAAAGCGGCCAUCGGACCCGUCAUCAUAAUGGUCCUGUACACCAUCGCCACGAUUCUCGCCCAUGUAUCCCUCAACGAAGCACUCGCGCCACUCAACACUUUCUUGCCCCGAUCCCUCGACGCCGAAGAAGAGCUCCUCCAAGAGAAAGAAGAUGCCGUGGCAGACGUAAACGACCAAAGACGGUCCCGUAUCGCUGCGAGUGUAUCCUGGUUUUUCCCCGAUUUCCACCGCGACUACGCGGCCAUUCGGCGGAAGAUCCGCAGAAACGUAGCUUCGGUGGAGUAUACCGAGGAAGAGCUGCGGACGGCGUACUUUGAGCCAUGCGUUGCUUCUCCUGCACCGAUAUUGUGGAUUCCGCGCGAUAAAUGGGGAUUCAGUCGAAACGAGGUCAUGGAGACAGAUCCGACGAUCACAAUUACAGAUGAAGGUGCUCGUUUGAAUGCGAAGAACAAGAUUGUGUGGGACAAGUAUGACCCGACGCUUCCUGUGAGGGAACUCAAAAAGCUUUUCUAG